CAUAUUUCCUACGGUUCGUGAAGGCAGCACGUCUCUGUACCACUACGAGCAGCAGCAGCAGCAGCAGCAGCGCUUUCUCCUCCUGUAACCUAAACAAUGAGUCCUACUACAGACCGCAGGAAAGCACACCAAUAGAAUGCGUUACACAGACCGAAAACCCGACAUAUCGCUGCUAUUCCGACGCCUCACCUAAAUGUACGGACCGUAAACAUGUGGAUACCGACAGAACACGAAAAAUACGGCGUCGUGCUGGUCAGCUUCCGAGGUACCAUCCAGCAUGGCCUGCCUCUGGAAAUCGGAGACACGGUGCAGAUCCUGGAGAAAUGUGAAGGAUGGUACAGAGGAUUCAUCCUUAAGAAUCCCAACGUCAAGGGGAUCUUCCCAUCCAGCUACAUCCACUUGAAGAAUGCUGUUGUUAAGAACAAAGGGCAAUUUGAGACUGUGAUCCCAGUGGAAGACUCGGUCAUCACUGAGAUGACAUCGACGCUCCGAGAUUGGGGUGCCAUGUGGAAACAGCUCUAUGUGAAGAACGAGGGGGAUUUGUUCCACAGGCUUUGGCAUGUGAUGAACGAAAUCUUGGACCUGCGAAGGCAGGUUCUGGUCGGCCACCUCACUCAUGACCGCAUGAGAGACGUCAAGCAGCACAUCACAGCGCGAUUGGACUGGGGCAACGAACAACUCGGCUUGGACCUGGUCCCCAGGCGGGAGUUCAGCAUGGUGGACCCUGAUGAAAUCAGCGUCACAGAGCUUUACAGACUGAUGGAGCAUCGGCAUCGUAAGAAGGAGGCAGCAGCGCCUGCUAGCACCCAUCAUUUGUUCGUCCAUGUGAAGAGCCUGAUGAGCGCCAACCUGGGGGAGGAGCUUGAAGUCUUCUUUCACAUUUAUGAUGGACGGGAGAAUCGACCGCUCAGUGAAAGGUUCUUUGUCAGACUGAAUAAGAGCGGGUUGCCCAAGUGGCCAGAGAAGUCAGAAAGACAAUGCACGCUGUUUGUGGAUUUAGGAAGCAGUGAUCUACGAAAAGAUGUCUACAUCGUCGUCCACAUCAUAAGAAUAGGGAGGAUGGGAGCAGGAGAGAAGAAGAACACAUGCAGCGUUCAGUACAGGCGGCCGUUUGGCUGCGCUGUUGUCAGCAUUGCUGAUCUCCUCACUGCUGACUCCAAGGAUGACCACCUGCUCAAAGUUUACGCGUGCAACACGGAGAGUGAGUGGUACCAAAUCCAUGAGAACAUUGUCAAAAAGGCCAAUUCUAGGUACAACUUGUCUGGAUCCAACACUGGCUUGGCUGUGGCUCUCCAGCUCCUCCACGGGGACAUCGAGCAACUAAGGCGGGAGUACAUGGGCCUCUUCACGCGGGGUGUGUGUAUCACAAAAAAACUGGGCUUUUCUGACAUCAUCAUGCCAGGAGAGAUGAGGAAUGACCUUUACGUCACACUAGAGAGAGGAGAGUUUGAGAAGGGUGGGAAGAGCGUUGCCCGGAACGUAGAGAUCACAGUCUAUGUGCUGGACGUUGAUGGACAAGUCCUCAAGAGCUACAUGGCUGCAGGUUCAGGAGAGCCAGGUGGGGAUGAUUACCACUCUCUGGUGCUGUACCACAACAACAGUCCCCGUUGGGCCGAGCAGAUCAAACUGCCCAUCCCGGUUGACAUGUUUCGAGGAUCGCAUGUCCGCUUCGAGUUUCGGCAUUGCUCUACUAAAGACAAAGGAGAGAAGAAACUGUUCGGCUACUCCUUUGUUCCUCUGAUGCAGGAAGAUGGCAGGACUCUGCCAGAUGGCACCCAUGAGCUCAUUAUCCAUAAGUGUGAAGAAAAUACCAGCUUCGCUGACUGUUUGCGCUACCUGAAGCAGCCGUUUUCCAAGGCCAACCUUCCCUCCAACAAUCAGACGCUCAAAGCCACUAAGGAGUCUUUCUGGAUCACCAGUUUCCUGUGUUCCACCAAGCUCACGCAAAACGGUGAUAUGUUGGACCUGUUGAAGUGGCGAGCCCACCCUGAACGCAUCAACGACAGCCUCUCGAAACUAAAAGAAAUCGAUGGCUCAGAGAUCGUCAAGUUUCUUCAGGACACCUUGGACACUCUCUUUGGCAUUUUGGAUGAAAGCUCCCAACGAUAUGGGCUCAAAGUGUUUGAUUCUCUGGUGCACAUCAUCAACCUUCUGCAGGACAGCAAGUUCCAGCACUUCAAGCCGGUCAUGGACACCUACAUUGAGAGCCACUUUGCUGGAGCUUUGUCCUACAGGGACCUGAUCAAAGUUCUGAAGUGGUACAUGGAUCGCAUUGUUGAUGCAGAGCAUCAGGAUCACAUCCAGCAGGUGCUCAAGGCCAGCGAGUACAUCUUCAAGUACAUCAUCCAGUCUCGGCGGCUCUUCUCAUUGGCCACUGGAGGCCAGAAUGAGGAGGAGUUCAGAGUCUGCAUCCAUGAGCUCUUCAUGUCCAUCCGCUUCUUCCUUUCCCAGGAGAACAACGGCACCAGCCCUGUUGCACAGACGCAGGCGGUGUUCCUGCGAAUGUUCCCCACGACCUACAACGAGCUGCUGAAGAUCUUCACGGUGCGGGAGGUGGCCGGUUUUGUCAGGGAGACGCUGGCCAGCCUGCCUUCCGUCGUCCAGGCCGACAGUCCGCUGGACGCCGUCAAACUGCAGUGCAUUGCUAAGACGGUGGAAAGCCAGCUUUAUGUCAACCCAGAGUCGCGGUGCAUCCUGCUACCUGUGGUGCUCCAAGUACUGCAGAUUCACCUGCAGGAGCAGAGAGACCUGGUCAUGUGUGCUCGCAUCCUUACUAGCAUGCUGUCCCUCAUUAGGAAGGAGGAAAAUGGCACUGUGGACCCCACGGUUUCUGAGGAAGUGGAGCUGAUUGUGGAAAGUCUGCUGGGAGUUUUACUGAGGACCAUUCUGGAAAUCAGCAACCGGCCUCAGCCUGCUGGACCCACCAUGAGACUACAGUUCCAAGAUGUCACUGGAGAGUUUGUGGCAUGUUUGUUGGUGCUGCUUCGACAGAUGAGUGACAAGCACUACCAGAAGCUGCUGCAGGCGUUCAGCAACAAAGACGAUCUGAGGGACUUCCUUCUUCAUAUCUUCACUGUUUUCAGAAUCCUAAUCAGACCGGAGAUGUUUCCUAAAGACUGGACAGUCAUGCGGCUGGUUACUAAUAAUGUAAUCAUCACUACUGUCCUCUACCUUUCUGAUGCUCUGAGAAAAAACUUCCUCAAUGACAAGUUUGAUUAUAAGGUUUGGGACUCGUACUUCUAUCUUUCUGUAAUAUUCAUCAACCAGCCUUGUCUCCAACUGGAAUCCUUCUCUCCCUCCAAGAGGAAGAAAAUACUGGAAAAAUAUGGAGACAUGAGGGUGAUGAUGGGCUGUGAAAUCUUCAGCAUGUGGCAAAAUUUAGGGGAGCACAAGUUGAACUUUAUUCCAGCAAUGAUUGGACCCUUCCUGGAGGUGACCCUGGUGCCUCAGCCAGAUCUGAGGAAUGUCAUGAUCCCCAUCUUCCAUGACAUGAUGGACUGGGAGCAGAGACGCAGUGGGAAUUUUAAGCAGGUGGAAGCCAAGCUAAUCGACAAGCUGGACAGCCUGAUGUCUGAGGGCAAAGGAGACGAGACCUACAGGGAGCUCUUCAACAGCAUAAUUCCUCUGUUUGGUCCAUACCCUAGCCUCCUGAAGAAGAUCGAGCGGGAGACGUGGAGGGAGAGUGGGAUCUCUCUGAUCGCAACCGUCACUCGCCUGAUGGAGAGGUUGCUGGACUACAGGGAUUGUAUGAAGUUGCAGGAAGUGGACGGGAAAAAGAUUGGAUGCACAGUCAGUUUACUGAAUUUCUACAAAACCGAGCUGAACAAAGAGGAAAUGUACAUCCGUUACAUCCACAAACUGUACGACCUGCACUUGAAAGCACAAAACUACACGGAGGCGUCGUACACCCUGCUGCUGUAUGACGAGCUGCUGGAGUGGUCUGACAGGCCGCUCCGAGAGUUCCUCAACUACCCCAUGCAGAGCGAGUGGCAAAGAAAAGAGUUUCUGCACCUCACCAUCAUCCAGAACUUUGAUCGGGGCAAGUGCUGGGAGAACGGCAUCAUUCUGUGCAGGGAGCUCGCUGACCAGUAUGAGUCUUACUACGACUACAGAAACUUGAGUAAAAUGAGGAUGAUGGAAGCAUCUCUUUAUGACAAGAUUAUGGACCAGCAAAGACUAGAACCUGAGUUCUUCCGCGUUGGAUUCUAUGGAAAGAAGUUCCCUUUCUUCUUGCGGAAUAAAGAGUUUGUGUGUCGCGGCCAUGACUACGAGAGGCUGGAGGCUUUCCAGCAGCGGAUGCUCAACGAGUUCCCCCACGCCAUCGCCAUGCAGCACGUCAACCAGCCGGACCAGACCAUUUACCAGGCUGAUGCACAGUACCUGCAGAUCUACGCCGUCACGCCCAUCCCGGAGAGUCAGGAUGUGCUGCAGCGGGACGGGGUGCCGGACAACAUCAAAAGCUUCUACAAGUUUAAUCACAUCUGGAGGUUCAGAUACGACCGGCCCUUUCACAAGGGCACCAAAGACAAGGAGAAUGAGUUUAAGAGCUUGUGGGUGGAGAGGACAACCCUGACUCUGGUCCAGAGUCUCCCGGGCAUCUCCCGCUGGUUUGAAGUUGAGAAGCGAGAACUGGUGGAGGUGAGCCCGCUGGAGAACGCCAUCGAGGUAAUCGAAAACAAGAACCUGCAAUUACGCACAUUGAUCACCCAGUGUCAGAGCCGGCAGAUGCAGAACAUCAACCCCCUCACCAUGUGCCUGAACGGGGUCAUCGACGCCGCCGUCAACGGGGGGCUGGCCCGGUACCAAGAGGCCUUUUUCGUGAAGGACUACAUCAUGAAUCAUCCUGAGGACGGUGACAAGAUUGGACGCCUGAGAGAACUCAUGUUUGAGCAGGCUCACAUACUGGAGUACGGCCUCGCUGUCCAUGAGAAGUAUGUUCCCCAAGACAUGAGACCUCUUCAUAAGAAGUUAGUGGACCAGUUCCAUCUCAUGAAAUCCAGUUUGGGCAUCCAGGAGUUUCCAGCUUACGUGCGAGCGAGCCCCGUGCACUUCACCAACGGGAGCCCGCGGACCUGCAGAAACUCGGUGCAGAGCAUCAUUAGCCCAGAUGGAGGCAGGGGGGUCGCCAGGCGGAGCUGUGGCAGCUACCCUGCAGUGAAUCGUUACUCUUCAUCCUCGCUCUCAUCCCAAGCCUCCAAUGAAGUCAGCAACAUCACCGGCCAAUCAGAGAGCUCAGAUGAAGUCUUCAACAUGCAGCCCAGUCCUUCUACCUCGAGCCUCAGCUCCAACCAUUCUGCCUCGCCCAACGUCACCAGCUCAGCCCCCUCCAGUGCCAGAGGUUCGCCUCAGAUGGCAGAGAAACACAAGCAUUCCAGAGAAAAUACCUGUCUGUCUCCGAGAGAUCGACCAGUCAGCGCCAUCUUUCCCAAUCCCCUCGACCCUGCGCAGAGAGCUCCUCCGAAUCAGAUAGGUGAUACCACUCUACCACGGAGCGACCCCAACCUAUCAGCACCAGAUAAAGUGAGACCCACUCCCAGUAGCUGGAGCCUAGACAGUGUCAAAGAGGGUUCAGCAUCCUUCUCUGACUCUGUGGGCAGAUUGGUUUGCCCUCCUGUUCCUCCCAGGCCACCAUACUCAGGCUCCUCGGCUAAGAACAUGAGGUCCCAAUCCCCUGGCCCCACAUCCAGAUCUCCUCAAAAGACUGCAGUACCACCUUUCACCCCGUCGCCAACUGAGUGCCAGUCGGCCAGCCUGGUCUCCAACUCCCCCGCUCUGUCUGGCAGCUAUAGCAGUGGCAUCUCCUCCCUCAGUCGCUGCAGUGUGUCAGAGGCUUCAGGCACUGAGCUGCCCAUUGGAGACCACACACCGCACCCACUACCCCCACCUACCACCUUACCAAACUCUGUCUCCAGCAGCUCGGAUGAGCCGAUCCGCAGGGAGAACAAGACCCCACCUCCCUACAGUGUCUACGAAAGAAACAACCCCCGCAGACCUGUGCCGCUGCCACAUAGUCUCUCCAUCCCCCCUCAAACGGACCCGCCAGCCCUGCCACCCAAACCUCACCAGCUCCGCACAGGCAGCAUGAAGCUGGACGGAACCGCCGACCCUCGAGUUCCCAGACCGAGGCCUCUGCCCAGGAAGGUGUCCCAGCUAUAGGUGCCGUUUCAGGGUGAAGGUGAAAUAAACACACACUGGCGUAUUUUGCACUUUUAUACCCACUUUUAUUUGUGAUCUUCAGUUUGGCAUUCCAACACUGCAGUGGAAAACACCUAGAGGUCAACAGGUGAUCAGAAACAAACUACCAGAGGAAGAAAGUUCCCUUUCCUAGUCACUAGAGGCAUUGCAAUGACUUUGAUGUGGUCUUUCUGCACUUUUUAUCUCUAGUAUGUGCAAGUCACCAUAACACGUGUUUACCAGAACCUUCUAGACAAAUAAAACACAAUUUUGAUAGAAAUAAUAAUCUCAGAUAUAUGUAUAUUGGUAUAUAUGACAAUUGUUUUUGCCUUAAGUAUUGAAAACAGAGUCUUUUAUCUGAGUCUUGCACGUUUUUUAGUUUUUUUUUUAUAACAGUAUAUUUGUAUACUUUAUAGCUUAAAAGGUGCUAGAGGCCUCGAGUAUGCAUUUCAGUGACGAGUAGAAGACAGGGGUGUGUUCUCAUAGUUGUUUUCCUCAAGGGUGCAAAAAAUUAGAAUAAUUAUUUAUAUAAAAUUUUUAAUAAAAUUGCUUCAUUACCUGUUUUUGUGCCUGAUGUAACAAUUCUGACAAGCUAGGGCCAUGUUUGGUCUUUUUUCUGCAGCAAUAUUCAACAAAAUAGUUGUUUUUUGCACAAUGGAGGUAAAUUAGAGGCUGUUUUUAAAAACAUUCAGUAAAUUAGCAGGCUGGGGUGGUUUUAAACUUGGACUAAUAACGGAUCAAACUUAAGGCUAUUAUGUGAACACACCCAACUCCUCCUGCAUGACAUGUACGUGACAAGAUAUGUUUUGUGGGGAGGUUAGCAAUUAUUGUGCCAAAGGAACAAUAAUUUCUUUUUUUGCUUCUUCUUAAUUUUAAACUCGGGCCUGAAAUCAAAAAGCUUGGAAUUGCUCACUUGAAAAGACUUUUUUUUUUUACACCAAAAUCCAAAUUAGUGUCAACUCUGCUGGCCAGUUUUAAUUCUAGACAAGCACAAAUGAAGAGUUUACCAUCUCCAGCAUGACCAGUACUGUUAUUAGAAACUUAGUUUGUCACAAAGCAAGAAUUGGAACAUGACUUUUCCAAUCAUCAGUGACCUUAAACCGUCUGAUGACUUGAUAUUCUGCAGGAGAAACAUCCACAAACAAAUUCUAGUCAAAUAUUUGUACAGAUGACAUUUGCUUUCUGUUUGAUUAAAACCGUGGAUGUGAGCUGACUGCACGAUGAAUAGUUGCUCAGUUCAGCCGUGUCAUAAUUGUUCUAUGGUAUGCACAUUUUACACCAUUUUGUAAAAUAGAGGAAAUUAAAAAUACUCAACAAUUAACUGAUUUUUUUCCCUGUGAUGGGGGUGGGGGGGGGGAGCGGGUAGUGGGUAGCUUUUAGUAUUGUUUGUAUGUUUAUAAUUUUUUUUGUUGUGAAAAUUUUGAGAUUAAUUAUUCACAUUAAUCAGUACUUGAGAAUAUGUAAAUUAUGAGCAGAUUGAUGUAAGUAUGCCAAAUAUAAAAAAAUGAAAUUGUGUAUUACAAUUACUGUAAAUAUUGUGUUUUUAACAAAAUGUAGCUAUAACAAUUUACAGCUUUGAAUGUAAUGUUGAAGCAGCAAAUGAUUAUAAAUGUUCAGACUUUUAUUGUUUUGUGACUGUAGAAAAAUUAAAGUCAUGCAUAAUGACUCCAUUUGCAAGUUCAAUAAACUGCCCAAUGAAACACA